UCACUGGUCUCUGUUCUCCUCUUCAACCGACUGUGUCACUCUCUGUCUCUGUCUCUUCAUCUCAUUGACCUUGACAACGUGAACCGCAUCCUCAAGCUCAAAAUUUGCCAAUAUAUUUCUAAUGGCUGCCAUUAGCACUCAAACUGCCUCAUCUUCGUCAUCAUUUUCUUCUUCAACACCACAAUGGAAAUAUGAUGUCUUUCUUAGUUUUAGAGGUAAGGACACACGCAAUAAUUUUACCGACCAUCUAUAUGUCGCCUUAAAGCAAAAGGGUAUUUUCACCUUUAGAGAUGAGGAAAAACUUGAGACAGGAAAAUCUAUUUCACCAGAGCUUAUGAAAACAAUAGAAGAAUCAAGGUUUGCAAUUGUCAUUCUCUCAAGAAACUAUGCUUCUUCUACAUGGUGUUUGGAUGAACUUGUAAAAAUCAUUGGGUGCAUGAAAGAAAUGAAAAUGACAGUUCUACCAAUUUUUUAUGAUGUGGAUCCAUCUACUGUACGAAAACAAGUAGGAACUUUUGCCCAAGCCUUUGCCAAACAUGAAAAACUUUUCAAGGACUACAUAGAUAAGGUGCAAACAUGGAGAACUGCUUUGAGAGAAGUAGCCAAUCUCAAAGGAUGGCAUGUACAAGCUAGGCUUGAGUCACAAAUUAUCCAAAAUAUUGUGGGAGAAUUAUGUCAUAAAUUAAGUUAUGCAUUCUCAGAAAAUACUGAAAACCUAGUAGGAAUAAUUUCUCGAGUGGAGAAAUUGGAGUCAUGUUUGGAUUUAGGGUCAAAUGAUGUUCGCAUUAUUGGGAUUUGGGGUAUGGAAGGAAUAGGGAAAACAACUCUUGCUAGAGUUGUUUUCCAUAUGGUUUCAGAUAAGUUUGAAGGUUGUUGUUUUCUUGCUAAUGUUAGGGGAGUUUGUGAAAAAGAUGGUUUAGUUCAAUUACAACAGCAACUCAUUCUUCAAAUUUUGAAUGAAAAUAUGAGUGUAAAAGAUGUUUAUGAAGGAGUUCUUGUGAUCAAGAAUAGGUUACAUCAUAAAAGAAUUCUUCUUGUUCUUGAUGAUGUAGAUCAAUUCGACCAAUUAGACAAGUUAGCAGGGAAUCAGGUUUGGUUUGGUUUAGGUAGUAGAGUUAUAAUAACAACAAGAGAUAAGCAUUUGCUACAAAACCUUGGAGUAGAUGAAAUAUAUGAGGCUAAUGGAUUGACUUAUGACGAAUCUCUUCAUCUUUUGAGUUUGAAAGCUUUUAAAAAAGGUCACCCUCCCGAAGAUUAUCUAAAGCUAUCUGAAGAUUUUGUAUAUUAUGCACAUGGGCUUCCUUUAGCUGUUGAGAUUUUGGGUUUGUUUUUGUGUGGUAGAAGUAUCAAUGAAUGGAAAAGUACAUUAAAGAGGCUAAAAGAGUUUCUAGAAAAUGAAAUUCUCCGAGUACGUAGAAUAAGUUUUGAAGGACUACAUGAAACAGAGAAGGAAAUAUUCCUUAAUAUUGCUUGUUUCUUUAAUCAUAUGGAGAAAAGAAAAGUAGUAGAAAUACUAAAUUAUCUUGGCCUUUUUCCAAAUAUUGGAUUGGGGGUUCUUAUUGAUAAAUCCCUUGUUAAAUUCUGUGAUGAUCAUACUUUGUGGAUGCAUGAUUUGCUUCAAGAAAUGGGAAAGAACAUAGUUUAUGAAGAGUGUCCUAAAGAGCCGGGAAAGCGUGGCAAACUGUGGUUGUUUAAGGACAUCAAUGAUGUAUUUACAAAAAAUACGGGAAAAAAAGCAAUUCAAGGCAUAGUCUUAAAGUUGCAAAAACAAAAAGAGGCAUAUUGGAAUCCGGAAUGCUUUUCAAAGGAUCUUGAUCUUAAAUUGCUCAUAAUUGAUAAUGUUCACCUUUUGCAUGAACCCAAAUAUCUUCCUAAUGCCUUGAGAUAUCUUGAUUGGAGUGGAUACCCUUCAAAAUAUUUUCCAUCAAGUUUCCAACUAAAGCCUUUUGAUGGUUUGAAAUUCAUCCAGUUGAAGAACUCACUAAAAUUGAUUGAAACCCACGACUUCAACGAAAUCCCAAAUCUUGAGAAAUUGGUUCUUGAGGGUUGUAUAAAUUUCCGAUCCUUGCACCCAUCAAUUGGAGUUCAUAAAAAACUCACUUUUCUUAACCUAAAAGGUUGCAAAAACUUAAGAAGUCUUCCAAGCAAGUUUGAAAUGGAGUCUCUUGAGAUCCUUAUUCUUUCUGGUUGCUCAAAUUUAAAAAGAAUUCCAGUGUUUGGAGAAAAUAUGGAAAGUGUAUUAGAACUUUACUUGGAUGGCACUGCUAUUACAAAAUUACCCACAUCAAUUGGGAAUUUGACUGGCCUUGCUUCAUUGAAUGUAAAAGAUUGCAAAAAUCUCAUGUCUCUUCCUAGUACCUUUUUAAAUAUGAAGCGGCUUAAAGAUCUCAAUCUUUCCGGAUGCUCAAAACUAGAAAAUUUGGUGACUAAGAAAAGUGCAAAGGAGGUUGAUGUGAGUGGAACUGCCACAGGACUUUUGCCUUAUUCCAAUGCUCUUUUUCGACCUCUUAAAAAACUAGCUUUUAGUGGAUUUAUGCCUAGAAGUCCCAAUUGCAUGGGCUUGUUAUCGACUUCUUUAUCGGGUUUGCAUUCUUUGACCAAACUGAAUCUAAGUUAUUGCAAUCUCGUGGGCUAGUUAUCAAUUUCUUUAUCGGAUUUGUGUUCUUUGACUAGCUUAGAUUUAAGUUAUUGCAAUCUCAAUGCAAUUCCCAAUGAUAUUUGUUGCUUAUUCUCUUUAAAAUAUUUAUAUCUAAGUGGAAAUAAUUUUAGUUGCCUUCCGGAAAGCAUCGCUCAACUAUCUAGGCUAUAUUGGUUGUUGGUGGACAAUUGCACGAGUCUUCGAUCAUGGCCAAAGCUUCCAUUAAAUAUUAUUUAUAUUGUGGGAAAGGGUUGUACCUCACUGGAAACGCUACGAGAUCUUUUACAACCAAAUUCUUUAUUGACAUGCGUCUGCCUUUUAAAUUGCAGGAAACUGGCUGAUAAUCAAGGCUUCAUUGAUAUGUUUUUUGCAAUGAUAAUAAACUCCCUUUGGCACCCUCUCUUUCUCUCUGGUAUUCGUGACAUUGUUUUUCCUGGAAGUGAAAUUCCAAAGUGGUUUAGGUAUCAAAGUAUUGGGGAUGAAGUUAGUAUACCUUAUUCUCUUUUAUGUAAUGAGUGCUUAGGGAUUGCUGUUUGUGUUGUAUUUGGUUCUCAUUCACAUCACCAAAUCCUUGAAGACAAUUCACUUUAUUGUUGUUUGAUAGUCAACGGAAAACAAAUUAAUUCAACACCAGGCAUUACAAGUAUUGUUCCUUUAUCAGAUCACAUUUGGCUACUUUAUUUGAUUCCUCAAUUCUACCAGUACGAAGACAUAAAAUCAUUGUGGGAAUGCAAUGCAAAUGGAUCCAGUCAGAUUGGAAUUAAAAUUCUGUCAAAAUGUUGGGACUUGAAGACAAACGAAAUAAUCCCAAGCAUGGUAAAGGUAAAGAAGUGCGGGUUGCGAAUGGUAUACAAGAAAGACAUCAAAGAUCUUAACGAAACUAUGGCUGAGAGAAGCAAUAACAACAUCACUCCUUAUGAAGGCUUAGAUGUUCCCCAUCAUAAUUUCGACAAUUCGAUAGCAGCAGAAAGUUACAAAGCCAAGCUAACCUGUGAUGGCUAUGAAGGGGCUGGAAGCUCUAAUUACGAACCUCACCCAAAAAGGAUUGAAAGCUCAUAGAUUUUAUGGCCCAAGGUAACUUUAACUGUGAAGAGUCAAGUGAGUACAAGGAAUGUGUUGAAGUGCUAGGUGAUUGGCAGGAGUCUAAUGAAAGUGACCUUGAAGGUUAAUCAACUUUUUUCUCUGUAAGUCACAGUCUUUCUUUUUAAUUCAAGUUCUGUUGGUUGCCACAUUAUCUUUUUCAUGUGUACAAAUAUUAAUGGAUUGCCCACCAUAUGUUUGAUUAGAGUUGUCAAUGAGACUCUUAGCAAUUUGACUAGGACGAACAAAGAAUUGCAACAAAAAGCUUCUUGUUGUUGUUGCAUAAAAAAUCAUUUUCUUGAAAGCAAGUAAACAUCAAAACUGUAAAGCUUUUGCUACCAAAAACACUAGUUUUUUGUUCUAUAUCACUCUCUCUAAUUUUCAUUAAGCAUAGAAACUCCAUAAACUGAAACACACACACACUGAAUUCUUAUUCCCAUUCUUGACUUGGGCCCAUACUUUGGGCAGCAGGAUCAAAAUCUUAGCUUUGUGGAUAUAAUGUCCAGAAUUUGGAAUCUUCACUAUGUUGUUUCCAACCCCGUACCCCUACAAAUUUGUUCAUCUAUUGCUUCACCACGUCUUCCCUUCUACAUUGUCACAUGGUCCACAACACCAUGACACAUGUUUUGCAAAAGCUUGGUCUAACCGUUACUAAACCUUUGGUGGGGUUGCCUUUCUGUCUCUUCUUUUCUACAACGUUAGUGUACCUGAGUUUGAUAGGUAAUAAUUUUUCUCAGUCCUCCUUCUGCUUCUAGGUAUGCAAUCUCUGAAUCCCUCCCCACCCUCCUCACUGCCAUCCCUGUCCUCAUUUUAGAAAUCCAUAAGCACAACCUCAUUUUGUUUUCAUGACAGGUUUUUCAAAGUGAAUAAAGUGGAAUACCAUUAAUUUUAUGAUUGGGAUUGAGGAAAAAAUUUGGGAAGUUAAUAAUAUCACUAAUUGAAAUCAACAAAUUAGCUGAUGAUGCAAGAGGCACACACCAUGAAUUAAUAAUUGCGAUUGAAGAAACAUUUCAAAAGGUAGCAAUGUUACUAAUGGAAAUCAACAAAUACUAAAUAAUAGAUAGUAUUGAAUACUAAUUAUUACAGUGGCUUGAGCCACGUGCUUCCAUUGUUUUGCAAUGUUAGAAAACUUCUUACUUACACCUCAUCAUCAAAUGUGAUGCUUGUGCAGAGGCAUGUGUGAAAUCUUAUAAUAUUUGAAUCUCAUUUAAAAAUGACUUAUCUUUUUGUAAAUUAGAUUUUUUUUUUCUUUAUUUUGUUUCCCUAAUUUCCUUUAUCAAAAUAGAUAAAUAGAGAUAAUUAUUUCUAAACAAAAUUUGGGCCAAUCAAGAGUUUACUACAUGUCUUCAAGCAUAUCAAUUCAAAGUGGAGUUUAUUCUCUAAAACCACUAUAAAUAGAGGACAUCCCCUCUCUUUUUCAUCACCAAGUUUUCAAGAAACCCAAGCUCUAGAGAAAUUUUGUCUCAAGAAUCUUUGAAGAACUUAAAGAACAUUCAAAGGACUUGAAGAACAACAAAUCUCUAACAAGCUCAAAGCUAGAGACUUGUUGUGAAGACCAUUUGAUCCAUCUUCCAAUCAAAUUGAAGAAAAUUUCGUGUUCGAGUCAAGACCACAAAGAAGAUAGAAUCAGAGGAGCGCUUUUUGUAAAAGAGUCAAAACAGAGAUUGUACUCACUACUUGAUUAAUACAAAAUUAUAUUUGUGGAACACCUUUUUCAAUUUGUUUGAUUUUCUACUAUUGAGAAAUUUUGUGUUCAUAGCCAUUUCCAUAUUUGGGUAAUGAAAGAGUAUGGUGUUGAGUUGUCAUGGACAAAAGUUUUCAGUUUAAGUAAGACUAAUGCAAUAGAAACAAUACCAAGGCCAACGGGUUUUAGGAGAAAUCGUGAGAAGGUGUUUGAAAUGAGUGGUAGGGAAAUGGAUGGUGGCCACCUUGUGUUGCAGAAUCUUGAGACCCAAGAGAUAAAGGAUCUUGGGAUUGUUGGAUAUAAGUAUACUGUUGCUGAUUAUUAUGUUGAGAGUCUAGUUUAACUUAACAAAGCAGCCAAUGGUGCAGUUGCAUACUGAGAAAGAUAGGGUCAGGUCCUGGAAUAAGCAGAUUAUGGGUAUCAGAUCUAUGUCAUCUAAAAGGGAAGCAACUUUCAUUUCACUUAGAGA